AUGUCUUUAUCGUUAUCUAUCUAUCUAUCUAUCUAUCUAUCUAUCUAUCUAUCUAUCUCACUUAGCUUAUAUCUAUCUCUCUAUUAUUGCUUUAUUUUAUUUAAUAAUUUCUUUUUUCUUAUAAUUUUCCUUACAUUUUCUUCCUUUCGUGUUAUUUCUGCUACUCUAUUUUAUUCUUUCUUUCUUUCUUUCUUCAAACAAUUUUUUCUCUUUUUUUGUUUCCUUCUCAUUAUUUUUCUAACAUUUUCUUCCUCUCAUGCUGUUUGUUUUUCAUACUCGAUUUCUUUCUUUCUUUCUUUCUUUCUUUCUUUCUUUCUUUCUUUCUUUCUUUCUUUCUUUCUUACAACCAUUGCUUCUCUCUUUUCCUUUCCUUCAGUUUCUCCUUCUUUCUUUCUUUCUUUCUUUCUUUCUUUCUUUCUUUCUUUCUUUCUUUCUACUAACCCUACCUUCUCUAUUUUCCUUUCUUUCGCCUUAUUUUCCUACCCUAUUUCAUUCAUUCAUUCAUUCAUUCAUUCAUUUUUUCUUACUUACAACCGUUCCCUGUGCCUAUUCUUUUCCUUCUCAUUAUUUUCUUUCAUUUAUCCUUCUCUAUUGCUUUAUUUAUUCUUUGUUUCUUUCUUUCUAUCAACAUUUCUUUCUUUCUUUCUCUUUAUUUUCAUUCAUUUAUUCAUACAUUCUUUCUUUCUUUUUUCUUUCUUUCUUUCUUUUUUCUUUCUUUCUUUCUUUCUUUCUUUCUUUCUUUCUGCUAACCUUUCUUUCUCUCUUUUCCUUUUUCUCAUUUUCAUUACAUUAUAUUUUUCUCAUACUGUUUAUCCUCUCCUAUUUCAUUCAUUCUCUUUCUUUCUUUCUUUCUUUCUUUCUUUCUUUCUUUCUUACUUUCUUUCUUUCUUUCUUUCUUUCUUUCUGCCAACCUUUCCGUCUCUCGUGUCUAUUAUUUUCCUUAUAUUUUCUUUGUCUCUCGCUUCUUUCUUUCUUUCUUUCUUUCUUUCUUUCUUUCUUUCUUUCUUUCUUUCUUUUCCUUUCCAUAUCAUUAUUUUCCUAACAUUUUCUUUCUCUUUCCCUUCUUUCUUUCUUUCUUUCUUUCUUUCUUUUCCUUUCCAUAUCAUUAUUUUCCUAACAUUUUCUUUGUCUCUAGCUCUUUCCCUUCUUUCUUUCUUUCUUUCUUUCUUUCUUUCUUUCUUUCUUUCUUUCUUUCAGCCUUGCUUUCUUUUCCCUUUCUUUCUCUUAACUUCCCUGUCUCUCUCUCAUUACACAUUCCAUCCAUUCGUCCCUACUUCCCUAGCAACACUAUGCAUUAUUUCAGCCCCUCUAAAAAUAUAUCUACAAUCGGUUGGUAUCUAUCUAUCUAUCUAUCUAUCUAUCUAUCUAUCUAUCUAUCUAUCUGUGUCUUGUCAUAUCUCUGAUAAUCUAUCUCUGUUCAUUAUCUGUCUAUCUCUUUAUCGUAGGUACCUCCACGUUUACGCUAAAAAAGAAACAGCAUCAGUCAGUCUUAGAUUUUACCCACAGUAG